AACGAACCUUUCAUCGACGAUCGUAAGUAUUAUGGGUUUUAUAUCAAAAUUGGAAUGUGAAUGAGCAUAAUAAAAAAUACGGAUUUAGAAAUACGAACAAUAGAUAAACUUUUUAGAAGAGUUAAAAUCCUCAUAAAAAUAUAUAAUUGAUGUAUUAGCAUAAUAUUUUGACAUUCAACGCCGUUUUAAAGAGGCAAAGAUAUUUUAAUUUCUAUGUCAAUAAUUAGAUGACAAAGUCAGUCGUUUUGGUACCUGAUAAACAAGAAAUACAGACAGCAUUUAUUACGGAUGAAUUGGCGGCAGGCGUAAGAUACGAUGACGUGUACAUCUCACCGGGCUAUAUAAAAUUCAACGAAACUUUCGAAGGAGUUACGCAUCGACAGCGUAUUACUAUGAAGAACGUUGGGUAUAAACCUGCGCUUAUCAGAAUCUGCCAGUUAAAUUCUAUAGUAAAUAUGUCUGAGACAUAAAUAAGUCAUUCAGUGAGAAAUUUGUAGAAACAAGGAAACUUUCAAUGAUCAACAUCUCUCAACAGGCUUUUCAAGUAAAAGCUUUGAAAAACGGCAUACGAGUAAGUCCUGGAUUAAGUAUAACAACAUACGUGACUUAUUCGUUCAAGAGAACAUCCAUAUUGCAUGCAAUAAUCCCAAUUGAGAUAAAUGGAAAGAUAUUCGAUUAUCGCGUGAUAUCUACUCUGGCCAUCGAAUACAUCAGCAUCGAACCGAAGUCAGUAGAUUUUGGUACCAUCGACAUUGGCUAUUCGUCCGGUUCAAAAAUAAUAACGAUCCGUAAUGAAGGAAACAAGAGCACCAGGUAUUCGCACUAUUCGUGAAAUCUUUCGCACAUUAGAAAUAAAAUUGCAUUUAAAAGGCAAUUUAUAUCUUUUUCAUUUUUAUUAAGAAAACAUUUUCAAGGA